AUGCCGGCAACAACGAACAAGCCCUCUAAAAAACCUAAUACCCAACCGGCCUCGAAGCCGGAGAAAGGCAAGGGCAAAGCGAGAGUCGACAAUCCCAAGGCCAAGUCGAAAGCUGUCGAAAAGGCACCCUCACCCAUCCCAGUUGCACUCCCCGUGGAAUCGGAUUCAGACGAGAGCGAGGAGGACGAAGAGGAUGACGGUGUUGAUGAGGAGGGCAUGGCGCGGCUGAUGAAGCUGCUAGGUGAAGAUGGGUUGGACGAGGUUGGGCAGGCACAGUUGGAGGCGUUGGCUGGGGAGUCGGACAGCGAAGAGCAAGAUGACGACGAGGAAGGGAGUGAGGGCGGCUCGGAUGAGGAGGAGGACAUUGUGCUUGAGGGUGAAAGCGAUGACGAGGAAGAUGAAGGGUCUGACGAAGAACAAGAGGAGGACGAAGCCGAGGAAGCCGCCAUUCCUUUGGACGAAGCCGAAUGGGUGGAUGAGGAUGCUGUACCCCGGCAAAAGAUUGAAAUCGAUAACAAGGUUGCUCUUGACCAAAUCCGCGAAACUAUUAAACUGGACCCAUCAUUACCCUGGACAGAAACCCUCGUUCUGUCGUAUCCCCACACAAUAGACGUCGACGUCAACGACGAUCUAAACCGCGAACUUGCGUUCUACAAACAAGCUCUCCAUGGCGCCAAUGAGGCCCGUGCCCUCGCAGCAAAACACAACUUCCCCUUCACCCGCCCCUCUGACUACUUCGCCGAGAUGGUCAAGAGCGACGCCCAUAUGGAGCGCAUUCGCAUGCGCCUCUUGAACGAGGCUUCCGGAAUCAAGAAGAGCGAAGAUAAGCGCAAGGAACGGGAGGGCAAGAAGUUCGGUAAGCAGGUGCAGAUCGAGAAGCUGAAGGAGCGCGAAAAGUCCAAGAAAGAGAUGGAGGAGAGGUUGAAGGGUCUGAAACGAAAACGAAAAAACGUGUUGGAUAACCCCAAAACAAACGACGACGAAUUCGACAUUGCUGUUGAGGACGCCAUCUCGGACCGACCCGCGAAGCGGGGCAAGACUUCUACCGGUAAAGGUAUUCCUCGUUCAGCGCGGGACAAGAAGUAUGGCUUUGGUGGGGCGGGCCGACGUUCGAAACAGAACACAAGAGAGUCAACGGAUAAUUUCGACUCGAGUCCUGGAGGCCGAAAGGGAAAAUCUGGUUUCAAAGGCGCUGGGGGGAAGAGCUCGAAGGGUAGACAUGGAAGCAAAAGGCUUGGAAAGUCGAGGAGAAUGGCUUCACGCGGAAAGACUUGA